GCUCUCCUUCUAAUACCUCCCAUAAUCAGACGUUGCCAAUAACGGUCUGCUGACCUCCUAAUUGAUCAUCCACUCAAUGUCUAAAACCCAUCACUGGCUCGGUGCAAAUGUCCGUUACUGCCUGAAAGUUUGUACGGAGCUGUCUUGUGAUACCUGGCCUACUGCAUGCAUUGCAUAGUCUAGGGCAAGCUCUCCCGGCAAUACGUUUCAUCCAUCAUCAACCAUCCUCCAUGUCCCUCCCCAAGAUGUCAAUUAUACCUCAGUCAUCCCUUUCCUGUCUGCCCAUCAUCUACUAAUGUUGAGUGGUUGUCCACGGUAUCCAUCAUGUCGUUCACAUUGCCAGAGCUUUUGAAUCCCAGCCCACAGCCAGAAGACACUGGUCUCCAGGGGGGAAGAAAGUCGCCUUCGCCGCCAGCGCAAACUCCCUUACAGCGGCCGCAGCUUCCCCCGGUAGAUUCGAUUCGAUUGGAAAAUGCGCAGAGGGUAAAUCAUAGACCUGGCGAUAACAACAACUUUAUCGCAUCGGCGCAUGAUGCUGCCGACGCGCUCGCGUAUCUGGCUAACUCCGCUGGCCCACCCUUGCCGCGUGUUGGAUCGCCUGGAAGAUUAGGACCAAAUUCCGUUCUGGAAAAUCCAAAGCAUUACGUCUCCCAAGAUUGUCAGGAAAAGCUUCCUGGAGAUUCUUUCAGACCGAUCGCAGCACCUGUCGAACCAUCACCGCCACACGAACCGCGCCGGGCUUCGACUUUAUCGACGUUAGACCAGUACCACCACCGAAACCAUUCCUCUGCAGAGCAGCUAGAACAGCGGAGACACGCCAUUGAAUUGAGCUCAGAAUUACCUCCGCCUAGACUGCCUCCUAUUCGGCCGACAUUCUUUUCUACCCUGGAUGCUCGAAUGCCUGAGCAACCUUCUGAGCGAACCGCUUCACCCCGAAAUGAAGACAACCCGCCCCAAACAUCAGCCUUUGCUGAUGCCACAAUGUCGGACGCAACUCCGAAGCGGGAGACGCCUGGAAGUGACGCAAUAGACAAUGAAAACAAAAAUGAGGCAUCGAGGGAAGCCGCGAAAGAAGCAAAGGCUGAAGUCGGUGCACCGACACCCGGCCAACUUGCCCCAGACGCACGGGAGCCUACUUAUACCCACACUGAGCCUGUCACUGCUCAGAUACGCCAGCCUUCCCCGGGGCCUUUACCCACGCUUCAAGAACCUUCUAUUACAUCACCUCCCUCGGUCCAGGUAAAGGCAGAACCCUCUGCCACUCCAAGGGAGCCUUCUCCAUCCUCACCUCUCCCUCCUGCUGUCAAGGAAAGCAAGCCAUCAGGACAAGAUUUGGGCAUGGAACAAUUGUCUGUACCUGGGGAAGCAGGUGAAGUCAAGGACGAAGGCAGUAUCAAAGCGUCAUCGACUCGUGGCUCAACUCCGGCUCAGAGUGCCAUUGGGACGACAGGCUCAACGAAACAGGGCGAAAGUAAGAAGCGUGCUGCUCCAAAGUCGACGUCAAAGAAAGGAACAGCGUCAACUAUAAAGAAGCCCGCAGCAAAAAAGCGUCGUCUAUCCACCGAGAGUGUCGAGGGGGGCCGGUCAAGUAAACGUUCUGCAACUCCGGCAAGCUCUCGUGCCUCCAAAGGUCCAGCCAAUCGCAAGUAUUCCGCCACGCCGCUUGCCAGUUCCCCGGGGCCAGACGAAGAAGAUGUAGAGGAUGACGGCCAAAUCUUCUGCAUCUGUCGGAAGCCUGAUAACCAUACAUGGAUGAUUGCUUGCGAUGGCGGGUGUGACGAUUGGUUUCACGGGAAAUGCGUAAAGAUCAAUGAGGAAGAUGGAGAUUUGAUUGACAGAUAUGUUUGUCCUAACUGCUCGGAAGCUGGGUACGGACAUACCAGCUGGAAGCCCAUGUGUCGCCUCAAUGGAUGUCGACAGCCAGCUCGGCUUAGCAAAAACAAUCUUUCAAAAUAUUGUUCCGACGAGCAUGGCCAAGAGUUUAUGCGUCAGAGCAUGCUUCGAAUCAAACCAGACCUGUCAAGCACCACAUCCUCCAAGGGCAAACGAUCUCGGGCGGGCGCCGCAGGGGCAGCAACAGCAACAGCAGCAGCGUCAUCACAUAAUGCGGCUCAUCAUGAGACGAUCGAGGCUGAGACCAAAGGCGGCGUGCUUAAGCCCUCUGAAAUAAGCACAUUAGUGAAAUCCGCCACAUCGAUAGACACUUUCCGCCGUCUAGGGGAGAGCAUUCUGCCAUUAUCCCCACCCGCAACCAACACCAGUCCUCACUCCUCUCCACCCCCUCGUUCCUCUGCCUCAGCAGCAGCAGCUGCUGCUGCUGCGACCGUGGCAGCGGUAGCGCCACCAACCCUCGCUACACCGAGUCUCGAACUCACGCCCCCUGAAGCUCUUCAACUGUCGCACAUUUCCGCGCAAAAGGCAUCCCUCAAAGACCGACGCUUGGCACUACAAGACCGCGAACGUUUUACCCAUCUCAUCAAAGACGCUGCACGACGCCAUCUGGAAACCACUCAUGGCGGCCAGAAAGCUGCCAAGGAUCUAUGCGGUUACGACCCCCGCCUCGCCUGGUCCGAUGACGAGUUUGACGAAUGGCGUCUCUCCGAAGCAGGGCGCCGUGCAUUCUCCACGGAUAUUAUUGACGAGGAGCCGCGAGCCAAUGAGGCCGAGCCCGGUGCUGGUACUGGUCCCGAUGCCGAUGGGCCUGUCAUGGAUGGCAUAGAGACGAAUGCUGUUUCCUCCAAUCCAGAAUCUGCUCCUGCAGCUCCCGCCGCCUCCAACACCACCACCACCAACCCUUAUGAUCGUAUAUGCACUCGAAAACGCUGCGAGCGGCACAAACAAUGGCUCAAAGUCGCAAUGCAGGAUCUCAGAUUCGAAGAGGCAAAUCUCGCAGAUGACAUGCGCAGGCUGGAACGCGAAGAAGGCGGUAUUCGUGAACGAGCUGCCUUGCGUGCUCUCGGGGCUGGCGCGGGCGCUAAUCCCAAGGAGGGCAACGUCGAGGUUGUUGGUUAGAUGCUCUGUUGUUGUUGUUGUUGUUGUUGCUGCUGCUGCUGCUGCUGCUGCUGCUGUCGUCGUCGUCGUGUACGUCCUGUCUUAUUGUGUUAUUGUGUAUUAAUAUUUGCUUUGCGUGGCGUUUAUGUGCAUUGUUUGGUGUGGUGUGGAUUUUUCCCAUGGGCUUUUAGUCUCGACAUGCAAUUACUCCAAAAGUUUCUUUUUUUUCUUAUUUCUUGAAAAUGGCACAGUACGGAUGGGUUUGGGUUUGGGGAAUGGAUAUCUAUUUGAAUUAUGGAAAAAGUUUCUUCAUCAGUGGCGUAAAAUGAAGCACGUUACUCUCAGUAUUAGUACUCC